AUGACAUGUGUUACCACUGUAACUUACUAUUUCCUUGUUAAUGGCUUCCCUGUGGGCUUUAUAUCCCCACAACGAGGUCUUCGCCAAGGGGACCCGUUGUCUCCCUAUUUGUUUUUACUAUGUGCGGUGGUUUUUUCUGGUCUAAUCGUACAGGCUGAGCAACAUGGCUUCCUCCAUGGGAUAGCGAUUAGUCGACGAGCUCCAUCAAUAUCCCACUUACUUUUUGCAGGUGACAGUUUUUUAUUUACAAGGGCAACGCCGGAGGAGUGCCAGCAUCUGAGCUACAUUUUUCAAUCCUAUGAGUGGGCUUCUGGACAAAGAAUUAACUUACAGAAGAGUUGCGUCUCUUUCAGUAGCAAUGUAGAAAUGUCCAGCAACAGGCCUUGGCCCAAAUACUUGGGGUGCAAGAAGUGGACAAGCAUGACAAACACCUGGGCAUACCAACUUUUAUUGGCAGAUCUCGUUCAAGGCUGGCGGGAGAAGCUACUCAGUUUCACAGGCAAGGAAGUUUUGUUGAAGGUGGUGGCUCAAGCCGUUCCCAUUUACCAGAUGAGCUAUUUUCAAAUACCCGGUUCCCUUUGCGAUGAAAUUCAGCCCUACUCCCCUCUGGCCAGAGUGUUGAAAGCAAGAUACCACAAAGACUAUUCAAUUUUGGAAGCUUCUGAGGGUCAUGCUCCAUCUUAUAUCUGGAGGAGCCUGUGUGAUUCACGAGUUGUAUUAGCUAGACGUUCCCGCUGGCAAAUUGGGAAUGGUUGGUCGGUGAAAGUGUGGGGUGAUCGUUGGAUCCCAAAGCCCAACUCUUUUCAGAUAACUUCAGCAACUGUGACAGGUCAUGAAAAUGUUUUAGUAUGUGAGCUUAUUAACCCGGUCUUGCAUAAGUGGCAUGAGGAUCUGGUCCAUGCCUGGUUUGGUGCUCAAGAGGCCUCUUGUAUUCUUCACCUCCCACUCAGUUUUAGAAUCCCAGCUGAUCGGCUGGUGUGGCACUAUGAAAAGCAGGGUGAUUUGACUGUGUGUAGUGCCUAUGAGGUAGCCCGCCAGUUCCUUUUUGAGGAGGCUGGGGAAGGCUCAUCCAAUCGUGACAACUACUACGGUGUCUCAACUAAGGCAUGGUCUCGGCUUUGGUGGGUAUGUGUUCCACCAAAGGUAAAGGUUUUUGUUUGGAGGGUACUCCAUAAUAUUCUCCCUACCAGGGACCGAUUGCUCAGUGAGGGGGUCCAAGGCGAUUUAGGUGGUUGUGUGUUGUGUGGAGCUCAGGCGGAGUCCUUACCUCAUGUUCUAUUGGAUUGCUCUUUCACGGCCUUAAUUUGUCUAAGCAGUCCUCUGCGGACAAAAUGGCGUGAUCGUGCAAUAGGGGACCUCAAUGGAUGGCUGGAACAUGUCCUGCUACGUGAGGACAGCCAACGAUUGAACUCCUCUUCAUGCUGCUAUGGAGUCUAUGGAAUGAGCGAAAUUCGGUGGUCUGGACGGCAACGCGUCAGAGUUCCUUUGAAGUAG